AUAAAAUUCAUAAUAGGAUUAAAAAAGAUACUUAAGUUUCAUAAAAAUGGUCUCACCCAAAACUGUGCGUUAUAUAGGUUAUUGUGGUGCAACCGCAAACUGGUUUAUUCCAAUUGCCGGUAUUAUGAAUUUUGCAUCGCGCCCUAUAAAUGAUAUUGAUCCGAAAAUGACAACUAUACUUUGCACAUAUAGUAUGUUAUUCUUGCGUUGGUCAAUCGCCAUUUCACCAGCAAACUAUCCUCUUUUUUUUUGCCACUUAACAAACAGUACAGUUCAAGCCUCUACCUUACUCCGAUUAGGUUAUCAUAAGGUAACUAAACGGUGUAAACAUGUUUAAUUAAUUAAUUGCAUAUACAGUAUAGUAUUUCAUUAAAGAUUUGGCUAUGAGUUAAGGCUUCAUUUUCAAGUAUCACAAAUGGUUUUUUUUUUACAUGUCUAGGCAUAAUUUCAUAACUUUUAUUUAUGUUGAAAUUCUUGGCUUUCUCGAAUUAGUAAAGGAUUGAUGUUAUGCUUUUUUAUAGAAUUAAUUUGAUUCGAAAAGUUGUAUUGCAGAGUCCAUAAUUUUUUUAUUGUCUCUGCUUAAAGUGUGAAAGAAGAAGCUCAGAUAAUCGCGACUUUAAGGAAGCUUGUUGUCCAAUUCAAUAGGUUAGGAACAAUUUUUUAUUUUAUUUAUUGACAUCAAUCCAAUAAAAAUGUUUGGGUUCUCUGGCAGUUACUUUGAAAUUAAUCACCAGUUAUAUUAAUAGAAAAG